GUGGCCCCUGCGCAUCCCUAGAACGCACUCCGCUCUCAGCAAGAGACUCAGAACGUGGGUCCCAGUGUGUUUUCACUCGGGAUUGAGUAAACGCGGUUCUGUUGUGUAUCAUAAUAUCGUGUGCAUGCGGCUUAUGGAUGAACUGAUGCUGAAUGCAUCAUUCACAUUUUACUCACUUGACCUAUAAAAUUUAAAUAGAAUCGACAAAGUAAAAGAGAGAUCAUUUUUUACAAUCAACUAUUCAACUAUUGAAAUUUCUCUCAUGUGUUUUUUUAUAUUUUCCUAAUAUCCAAGAUAUUAAAGUAAUGACUUUCAAAAGUGAGUGAGUGAUGUGCUGUUUUAUAGUUUGACUAAUCAAGUGCUUUCUUGUGAUAAGGAAAAUUGUGAGUUAGGAAAUUUCAUCGAGCCGCUAUCAUUGCCAUGAUAAUGAGUUUUGGAGCUCAUUUCGUCACCGGAUUGUUGUCCUUGGUCAGGUUAGCGUGAGCCAACCCCCGGAAAGUGUGCGCGACAAUAGGACGUGCGAUAUCAUAAUCUGAUCAGUAAAUAUCGACCGCUCGAAAAAUGGUUGAGGCCUAAGGUCUAAAUUUAUUGGAAUUCCCUGAGAGAGAUAUAAAGAGCUUUCUGUCCUUUUAAAUCCAAAAUGCACACCCUCUUCGGAGAGCAGAAUGCCUACUACCGGCACGCGACAGCCGUGCCUGUAGGUAUGGGGACACCUUCGUACCCGAGCGUCGGCGCCACUCCCGGAUAUUACGAACAAUACCGCUACGGGAGUUAUGCGACGGCCGCUGGCUACCCAGUUACGGGGAUUUCCCAGCAACAGUUUCACCAUCCGGGGAAGGACAUGGUGAAGCCACCUUUCUCCUACAUCGCCUUAAUUGCCAUGGCAAUUCAACACGCCCCAGACAAGAAAAUUACCCUCAACGGUAUCUAUCAGUACAUAAUGGAGAGAUUUCCCUACUACAGAGAGAACAAACAAGGCUGGCAAAACUCGAUCAGGCACAAUCUCAGUCUUAAUGAGUGCUUCGUCAAAGUUCCCAGGGACGACAAGAAACCCGGGAAGGGCAGCUACUGGUCUCUGGACCCAGACAGCUACAACAUGUUUGAUAACGGCUCUUAUCUCCGAAGGCGAAGACGUUUCAAGAAAAAGGACGCUCUCAAAGAGAAGGAGGAGGCAAUGAAGCGGCAAGGGUUGGUCCAGGAGAAGCGAUCCGAAGAUAACAAGCCUGCGAGUAUAGGUGUCUUAUCCACCUCCGACAAUUCCACGAAGAAAAUCUUAGAAUCCGGACUUUGUAAGCCGAAAAGAGAGCCAAUUAACGAUCCCAGCGGAUCUCACUGUAUGAUCAGUAAGUACGCUCAUGCUCCAAUUCAGGAGAACAAAAAUUCCAGUACAACUCAAAGUGUCAUUCAAAGCGCUCUCGGACCCCAUUCGGUGCACCAAGUGCACCAGGAGCCCAUUCAAGAUGUCGCGAUGGGAUUGGAUCCAACGAGUUUCAGUGUCGAUGCCUUGAUGACGAACCGGGAAAAUGGAACCAUGAUGAACAAUUCGACGAGAGACCAUCAGCAUCACGCUCAUCAUCAUUCGCAUGGACUUCAGCAUUCGCACGGACACCCACAUUCCUUAAUGGCCGCAUCGAGGGACUCCAUGGGAAGCCUCGGCACCAGGGACCUUUCCAUAGCAGCCACGACGACCACCACCACGACGGCGGCCGUUGCCGCGAUGAUGGCCUCCUCGGGAUACGGGCACGUCACGACCACCAGGGGAAACCCCUCGCCACCCACUUCCAUGUACGCUCCCUACUGUCCCUCUGGGUACAUCAUGGACCACACCGAGUACAACUCCUCGUCCAGGAAUCCCAACAACACGGGGCACACCCAGUGGUACCAAGAGGCUGCGAGUCCUGAUGCUGCCACCAUCUACCAAGAGACUCAGUCUCCCAGCUGCCAACUAUACAGAUCUAGCCCUCCAACAUCUCUUUCAUCAGGCGCAGCACCAUCACCACCAUUGUAUCAUAGAUAUUAUCAAGACUGUAACGCCGUUAAUGCAAGUGGAAACUUACCAAUCACGUUGCAUAAAUACUGAGAAUACCGAAAUUCAAGGUCUCAUCGAGACCUUGAAGGCCCUAUCAAUCACUAUGAUCCCAACCUUGUAUACGUGAAACAAGAAUGGAUCCCAGUUCAUACGUCCGAAGAACUAUCAAAAGAAUGGAACUAAAAUUUAUUAGUUAAAAAUAUUUUCCCCUCAAUUUAUCAAAGUUUCAAACUAGAAAAUUUAUUUAUCGCAAAUACCCGUGUAGAAAUUUAACCAUGGCCCAAAUAGGGGCCAGAUCUUUUGAUCAUUGUGUAGGCCAUAACAUGGCAUGAAUCACCUUCCCAGAUCGGGCCCAAGUCUGGCCAGACUUGGGCCCGAUCUGGGAAGGUGAUUCAUGCCAUGUUGUGGCCUAAAUAUGGCAAUUUCUACACGGGUAAAACUUAUUUUUACCUAUUCUUGCUUAUAUGGAAAACAAUGAAAUUAAUACUUCUUUCCAAAAGCUUAUAAAAGAAAAAAGUUAUUUGAAAUCCUUUAAAAAUCGCAUAAAUUUUCUAUGGCUUACAAUAAUGAAUUACUAUGUUGACACUGAAGCAUACUUUUAUACAUAUACUAUACAUUCUUUAUGAAAACUUUUAAAAAGUGAUGAGAAUUCUCUUGCAAGUAUAACAUAUUACUCAUGUGUAAAAAUAUUCAUCACCUGAGCAAAUGUCUUUCCUGACCUUACCCAAUCGGUAUUCAAAUUUAGCAGUAAAAUUAUAUUAUAUAUUGAAUUCGUAAAAAUUUAAUGGUCUGGCUUUCUGCAAAUAUUUUUAGUUUCAAUCCUUAAA